CAACGCCUGACAGGACCAAGCAUCCAAACGUCUUGCGUAUCCCGGUCUCCUCCAUAACAACCAUUCGAAUGCUCAAACACCGUUAAGCCGGUUGUAUGUAUACUCGUAUCUGACCAUACCAACGCAUGACAUCGUAUCAACUAGAUCAGCCCAACGCGGAGGCGCAGAUCGUCCGCACUGCUCGGGGCUUGGACGAUGAUCGCAAUUGGUGCUUUGCUCUUCAAGGUCGACUCCCUCCUUCUAAACCGUCUCCUGCAGCCGACCAUUCUUCGAACAAAACCGCGGUCCACGGCUGCAAUUCCCCGCAAAGUAAACGUCGACACAUUCGAUGGCUUUGCACACAUCGCUACGCUUUCAUUUCAGCACACAUCCUUAGCCCACAUACCUCGUUAGGUAACUGCCUUUCUUUCUUUCAUUCUCUCCACUCCUUGCGUUGGCUGGCUGAGCCACCAUAUUCUCUUCAGUCAUGCCUCACCCCGCUUUCGUCUGCCGCGUUUUACUCAUGGUUGUUUUUUCCGUCUCCGUCAUCAAUCUUCUCACUAGCAUUGGCGCGCCUUCACUGUUCUUGAGCUACGCCAAACCCGCUUCAUCUCAUAGCAAGGAGGAGGUACUCUGCCCGCAGUCCCAACUCGCCGACGACGUUUUGGUCAUUCUGCGCACAGGCGCGACGGAGUCGAGGGAAAAGGUGCCCGUGCAUUUCCGCACAACGCUAAGAUGCGUGCCGAACUUUGCCGUCUUCUCAGACUGGGACGAGGAGAUUGAGGGCCACCAGGUGGAAGAUGUGCUCGGGGGCGUGAGCCAGGAGACGAGGGACUCGAACGAGGAUUUCAAGCUCCAUCGCCAUCUGCAAGAGCAUGGGCGGGACGGGCUGCAGAGCCAGAAGGUCAUUACGGCGCUGUCCGGGUCGUCGAAGGGCGACUAUCUGCAGACGGAUAAGGAGGGGUGGAAACUGGAUAAGUGGAAGUUUCUGCCCAUGAUUGACCGCGCGUUCGAGAAGAAGAAGGAUGCGAAAUGGUACGUUUUCAUCGAGGCUGAUACUUAUCUCGCUUGGAACAACCUCCUCGCCUACCUCGCUACUUUCGACGAUACAAAGCCCUACUACAUCGGCAAGCACCUCUACAUCAACGGCGUAGAAUUCGGCUACGGCGGCGCCGGCUUCGUGCUCUCGCAGCCAGCAAUGCGUAAAGUCAUCGCCCAGCGCUCCCCGCGCAUCCACGAAUACGAAGACUUCACCAAAACGCACUGGGUCGGCGACUGCGCGUUAGGAAAAGUCCUCGCCGACUCUAAAAUUCCUCUGCACCGCGGCUUCCCACACUUCCAAGGCGACUCGCCCGCCACGCUCGACCCCGCCACCGUAAAGAUAAACCGCGACCUGUGGUGCUUCCCCCUCGUCACCGCCCACCACAUGAGCACCCCCGAGAUCGAGGCACUCUGGCGCUUCGAACAGGACUGGCUCGCGCAGCACGGCCCGGACGUGCUGCUGCGCCACCGCGAUGUCUUCACCGACUUGAUCCGUCCGCAGAUCGCACCCGAGCUGCCCUUUUGGGACAACUUGUCCGCGGAUAAAGAGUACAAUGCGCAUGACCACGCCGUCUCAGCCGAUGCGUUUGAACGCAGUGCGUGGAAGUCGUUUGAGCACUGCCGCGCCUUGUGUGAUAGCCAGCCGCGCUGUGUGCAGUUCUCGUUCGACGCGGGGAGUUGCGCUGUGUCGGGGGCGUUUCGGAUGGGGUUUAAGAGGCCUGGGGAGCGGGUCAGGAGCGGGUGGAUGCUUGAUCGUGUUGAUGGGCUGUUUGGGGGGUUGGAGGAUAGGUGUGGAGUGAGGGAUUGGUUUGGGCCUGAGGAUGAGGGGGGGAAUAGGGCAGAGGCGAAGAUGAGGAGGAGACGCGGGGUUUGAGGUGUGGUGCUUUGCAUUGGUGGCGUCUUUUUGUGUUUGUGCUGAGAUAGAUGUGAUACCCCGAUACACUCGCUAUAUCAUCUUUUUUUUUCC